UAUAGCGAUACGGAUUUAUAUCGAUAAAGAAAUCUCUCUACUACGUAAUGAAAAAUGCUACGAAGGACUCGGUUGUGUACGGGUCACACCAGAGUGGUACCACCCACAAUAUCGACCGGUAAACUUAUUACCAUCGGACAGACAUGCGGUUAACACAAUUUUUGUGAAAUGGGUCAAACGGGAAUCUAAGGUAUCACCAGAGAUUAUCGGCACAAACUGUGCCAACUUUAGCAAUAACUCAUCGCUGACACUGCUCGUUCACGAUUUUACGAGCAACGGUUAUAUUACAUGGAUACAGCAUUUAUCGACAUUACUGCUAUUGAAACAGGAUUCAAAUUUAAAUGUGGUCUCUGUAGACUGGAGCGCCGGGGCCGAGCCGCCGUAUGAUCAAGCAAUCGCAAAUGCUAGACUUGUUGCCUUGGAGAUUGUACAUUUUCUCGGAAAUGUCCAUACUAAAUCCUUCAAGCCAAGUGACGUCCACAUCAUUGGGCAUGGCGUGGGCGCUCACAUCGCCGGCUACGUCGGGAAGAUGAAUCGCCUCAAACGUAUUACGGCUUUGGACCCCGCGGGACUGUAUUUCGAGAACAUGCCAUCAAUUGUCCGGCUUCAUAAAGAAGACGCCGAGUAUAUUGAAGUUCUUCAUACUAACGCUUAUCGUUUCAGUCAAGGGAAUAAGGAGUUAUUGGGUCACGCGGACUUUUUUGCAAAUGGCGGAAAAAAGCAACCCGGAUGUAACGAUAAAUUGAUAUAUCUUGAAUCAAUUAGGCGAGGAGAUUUGAAGUUGGGUGAGACAUUGCCAGGAUGUUCACAUAAGCGAAGUCUGAAGUACUACUUGGAAACAUUAAUCAAUCAAUCUUGUAACUUCCUCGGUAUCGCCUGCCAAAGUUAUAAGGAUUUUUUGAAGGGUAAAUGUUCGUGCGGAGUUAACACGGAGAGCUGUUUGCGUUUGAACACGCCGCGCCCUCCUCGCUCGUUCAACAACUCGUACCGGUAUUACUUCGUCACUUCCAGCUCACGUCCAUUUUGUAGCGAAACAUUGAAAGUGUUAAUGAGUGUUCAAAGCCCUCCCACAGAGGAAUUGUAUGUUAAUGGAUAUUUCAACAUUACUGUACCACAAUCGAUUGGCAAUGUAAAUUUUCUAAUUAAUGAAAACAGAAAAAUACAAGCACUGAAGAUAAAUAAGCAACACUCAUUCGUUGUGUUCCGGUCGACCCCGCCGCCGUUGAUCCUGCCCAUAAAACGUCUACUGAUCAGUUGGCACCAUCAACCAUUUCCCUGUUACUGGUUUACAACGCCGAGAGUCACCAGUUUCAUGAUCCAGAAGUUAUCUGACGACAAAAAUGACACACCACAGUGGUUCUGUGCCAUGAACACUUCGUCGAGAGAUGUGAAGUAUGUACGAUCAAAAACUUCAGCUAUUAAUGGAAACAGCUACGAAAAAGGACAAAUUUUAGUGCCUUGUAAAAAUUAAUAAAGUGUUCUUUACUGUAUAAUGUAAGCAGAGUAUAAUGUUAUUACCAGUGUAUAGUUUAUUUUUUUUAUUUUGUAUAUGUCUGAAAACUCUGUUUUUCGAUUAACGAAAGAAAAAAAUAAUAAAAAAUGAAAAUGUGUUUAUUAAUUUUGUAGAGUCACAAACAGUGCAUCCUAUUUUACGUAAUAUAUGACUGUCUGUGACAUCAAACAGAAAGGGUUUCCACUUAUAUAUAUAGC